AUGGACCGCAAAAUCUUUUCGUAUUCAUUUCUUUCUUGUCUUGCAAUCUUAACUCUUCUCUUUAACGACUUCGUAUCCUCGUUUCCUUCGGGAUAUAACAAUGGUUAUAAUAAUGGUCACGGAUCAUAUGGAAUUAGCACUAGUAAUCUCGACUAUCGAUUCUAUGACCGGUCUUGUCCUCGUCUUCAGACGAUUGUUAAGUCUGGUGUAUGGAAAGCUUUUAAAGAUGAUUCUAGAAUCGCUGCGUCUCUUCUUCGUCUCCAUUUUCACGAUUGUUUUGUCAAUGGUUGUGAUGGCUCUAUACUUCUAGACGAUUCAGAGGAUUUCAAAGGAGAGAAGAACGCUGGACCAAACCGAAACUCAGUUCGUGGCUACGAAGUUAUUGAAGACAUCAAAACUGAUAUCGAAACUUCUUGUCCAUUAACUGUUUCAUGCGCCGACAUAGUUGCUCUUGCAGCUAGAGAAGCCGUUGUCCUCACCGGAGGACCGUUUUGGCCAGUUCCUUUGGGGCGAAGAGACUCUUUAACGGCGAGUGAGCAAGCCGCAAAUACAAAUCUGCCUUCUCCGUUUGAGCCAUUGGCGAAUAUAACAGCCAAGUUCGUGAACCUUGGACUCGACCUCAAAGAUGUUGUUGUCCUCUCAGGAGCCCAUACUAUAGGAUUUGCUCAAUGUUUCGUGUUCAAGCACAGGCUCUUCAACUUCAAAGGCUCAGGCCAGCCAGACCCGAACCUAGCCGCUUCCUCGGCUCUUCUCUCUAAGCUAAAGGACACGUGUCCUAACGUGGACUCAUCAGACUCUAAGCUCGCUGCUCUUGAUGCAGUUAGUUCCGUCAAGUUUGACAAUGCUUAUUAUGUGAACCUAAUGAAUAACGUAGGACUGCUCGAUUCCGACCAAACCUUAAUGACGGAUUCUACGUCUGCCGCCUUGGUGAAGUCGUACAGCGAGAAUCCUUACUUGUUUUCGAGGGACUUUGCGGUUUCAAUGGUUAAAAUGGGGAAAAUUGGAGUUAUGACCGGAAGUGAUGGAGUGAUUAGAGCAAAAUGUGGAUUUCCAGGUUAA